AUGGCUUCAAAUUCAACUUCUUGGAUGAACGGCUCGUCGUGGUCGCCUAGUCGCACAAGCACUAAAAAUCCCUUUGAUGACAGUAAUGAAGAUCCAUUUGAUGAUAGGCACGCAACACCUCUGCAAGACAUUGAAACCGGCACUACUGCACGCCUGUCCAGCGAAACACAACAACGAGAUGCAGUUGAUCAAUCCAGUUUUCCCUCAGAAGAGAGCCGUAUCAUCGAAGACAUUCGAAAUGAACGUCUAUCGUGUGAAAUUUGCUUAGAACCCGUACGCUUUGCGAAGGAUCGUUACUUGUGGAAUUGCAAGUCUUGCCAUGUUGUUACUCACCAUCGAUGUACGCUAUUAUGGGCCAAGGCAAAACCAGUUGGAAGGACCCUUGCUUGGAAAUGUCCCAAAUGUGAAAAUAUUGAACGCUCGAGCCCCAAGGGAAAAUGCUGGUGUGGAAAGGGUAGCCCAUUACAUAACCACCCUACCAUCCCGAACGCGUGCUUUGAUGGUGUUUGCGGUAGUAGGUCAAAAUGUGCUCACGGAAACAAGUCAUCUUGCCGAAAGCCAUGUCACCCAGGGCCAUGCAAGUAUGAAUGUGGAAGAUGUGCCAAUGAUCGUUUACCCAACCCGCAAAAUAUGAGUACUGUUUGGGGUAGAUUCAAAAGCAAGAGGCUAAACUUUUGCACUAUCUUCUGCAAGUCCAUGCUCAUUUUAGCUCUAUUUGGGGGUAUUUAUACCUAUAUCACCUUUCACAUCAAGUGGCAUACACAGCCAUACUUAUAUCCUCGUUUUAAAGGCGGCCUUUCAUUCGUAGAAGAACUUUGUUUGCUUGUGGUUGGAAUAUUCUACUUCCCUUUCGGGGGAUUAUACUGCAUUAACUGCUUAAGUGAAGGGACGAAGUUCUUCCUGGAGAUACUUAACGGCAAUCCCGGACAGACUGGAUACAAAUUUAAGUUUUUAAGAGCAGUUAUAGGAGGGGUUUUACUGACGUGCUGUAUUUUGGGACUUUAUUCCAUGCCAAUCAUCGGAAUCAUCGGUGGUCCAGACAUACAAUGGUAUAAUCAGAUGAAAGACUCUUGCCAUGGUUUCAACACCCGAGUCGAGAUAGGUACUCGUUUCGCAGCGUCAACAUACAAUCUCCACAGUCUCAAUGCCUCUAUCGAUAAUCAAACCUUCUACCUCGCUCCCGUACUUGCACCAAAAUUUGGCAGCAAAGAGCCUUAUCAAUACUUUCAUCGUUUCUCUGGUAACACAACCAACACUGCAAAUUUUGUUAUCGAUGUCGAUAUAGAUAAUGGUGUCUGGCGCGAAUUACAUUUCAAUGGAACCGAUGAGCUCACGAAAUGGUGGGCUAGCGGCCGGAAACAAUACCCUUCGGUUCACCCUAUCUUUGAUAAUAUCGCUGUAACUGAAAGUGCAAUCAAGCUCAAUGGUACUUUCGUAAUACGCGACGGUCACCUCUGGAUGCCCGAAUUCGAUUUAAUAAUCCAAGGAUUAGAAGACUCACGCAAGCAUGCCGAAAUUGAACCUUUCAUUCGUGUGUUCGACACCCAGGGUCUUCCUCACUCACGGAUUGAAAAGCUGCUGAGCCCAAAGUGGAACUGGAACAACAGACAUGACCCGAGUAUUGUAAUGCGUACAGCGAGUUUUGGACAUGGCAGGCAGAGAUUGGAUAUGUGUAUAAAAGAAGGUUUCUAUUACAGCUCUAGCGGAGCACAGCAAAAGCUUGAUGGCGUUAGUGAUGGAUCUGUUAUGCCAUUGGCUGUUAUUGCCGCAUUCAGAAUGAGGAUGAACGAGAUGUAUGCAUUGAAUUCUGGGAGACCUUUCAACGUCGAAAAAUAUUCAGAAUAUGAUGACGUUAAGGCUAUAGCAUAG